AUGGUUCAGGAUAGAGGACCAGUCACUUCGGCCGUCACGAUCGUUAUGAUCGUGAUAGCCACGGUUUUUGUUGCUGCUCGAUUCUUCACACGAAUAUACCUGGUACGAUCUGUCAAGCAAGACGACUGGUGGAUAUUAGCGGCUUGGGUUUUCGCUGUAGGAUUUUCAGCCUCGAUAUGCGCCGCGGUGAGUUAUGGCCUUGGUCGACAUAAAGUCGACAUACCGGACGAUUCCUUUUCGUCUCUCCGGAAAUCCGAAUAUGCGUUUUCUAUUUUAUACAACCCGUCUCUCAUGCUCACCAAAACGUCGAUCAUCGCCUUCUUUCUUUCGGUCAUGAGCAAAGACGUCGACCCCGUUUUCAAGUGGUGCAAUUGGUUAACACUCGCCGUUGUCAAUCUGUUCGGACUCGCCCUCACAUUCCUCAGUAUCUUUCAAUGUCGACCAGUUGCAGCUGGAUACCUUUAUCCCACGCCAGAGACGGCCAAAUGUACGGAUAUUGUGACGCUUUAUCUCUCGUCGGCACCCGUCAAUAUCAUCACCGAUGUGGCUCUCUUGUUUCUACCCAUGCCAAUCCUGACUGGGAUGAGACUCCCUCGGAAACAGAAGAUCAUUCUCGUUGUCACCUUCAGCUUUGGCGCAUUUGUGGCCGUUGUCGACGUGAUUCGGAUCGCCUACUUACAGAACGCCACUCUGAGUCGAUUGACUGCUGCCCAGGAUAACAGCCACUCUAGCGGGCGAAUCACCGAAGACAAUGACUUCUCCUGGUAUGCGAGCCUCAGUUUCAUGUGGUCGGCUGUCGAAGUCAGCAUCGGGAUCAUCUGUGCUUGUGUCCCGAGCUUGAAACCUCUUUUCCUGCGAUUUAUGCCACGCUUCAUCAAAGAUGACAAUACCUCAAAUGGCAGCAUCGAUGUGGGACGACCGGACGACUCACCGGCAGAGAAAUUGCCAAAAGGUGACGUCUCCAUGCUCAACAACCCAGCUGCCUUUAGAAAACCGACGGUGCAAGAAUAUUCCGGAGAAGAUGGGGGAGAUCAAAUGGGCUUCUUGAACAUGUUGGCAGGUCCACCAGGUGAUGAUGAGGGAGGUAUUAUCGCGAGGACGACGACGAAUUUAUCACGCAGAAGCACGAAUAAAACCACCACUUCCGACUUUGGUUUUGUCAACAUGUCCGGCAGUCGAAACAUGUUGAAACUCUCGAAUCGCCAGAGUCUGUGGCCGAAUGCGGUGGUCACGGUCAUUUUCUUCCUUUGGGGUUUUGCAUAUGGUUUGCUGGACACUUUGAAUGCCAGAUUUCAAACGGUGGUGGGGCUUUCUACUCAGCAAACACUGGGGCUCCAUGCAGCAUAUUAUUCGGGCUACCUGGUUGGGCCAUUGACAUUAGGUCGAUUCAUCUUGAAACGAUAUGGUUUUAAAGCGACUAUGAUGGUUGGCCUAUGCGUCUAUGGUUGCGGGACCCUGGUUUUCUGGCCCUCGGCUGUAUUGACUUCAUACACAGCCUUCAUCAUUUCGAAUUUCAUUGUUGCAAGCGGAUUGUCAUGCUUGGAGAUCGCCGCCAAUCCAUACAUUGCUCUCUGUGGUCCCCUGGAAUAUGCCGAAGUCCGACUAAACCUUUCACAGGCAUUUCAAGCCGUUGGCACGAUUUGCUCUCCACUGUUAGCCACAAAGGUCCUGUUCAAGAAUGUUCGGAACGACAACGCAUCAUCACUUAUCGACGUUCAAUGGGCUUAUCUAGGUAUCGCCAUGUUUGUUUAUCUCUUGGCUAUCGCCUUCUACUACAUACCGCUUCCCGAGGCAACAGACGAGCAGCUGGAAGAACUUGCGGAUCGAAGAAGCUCAGCAAACAACGCGAAAAUCGGUCCCUGGAGAGUGAUAUAUGUAACUCUCGGCCUCGGUGUCCUCAGUCAGUGGGUCUAUGUGGGUUUGCAAGAAAGUGUCGGAAGUAAUCUUCAAUCAUUAAUACGGCUAAUUCAACCAGAGCAAAACCUCUCACCAUUUUAUUUUCAGACGGUGGCCCACACCGUGUUUGCAGCCGGACGAUUUUUGUCGGCUUUCCUGAAUUAUUUCCUCAAACCGAGAUGGAUCUUGCUAUUCCUUUAUUGUGGCUUGAUAGUAUGCUUGGCAUUGACAAUGCAUUUGGACGGAGCAGCUGGGGCGACAAUUGCACAAUUCACCUUUGCAUUCGAGGCUGGUAUAUUUUCCAUCAUCUUCGCCAUCUCAAUGCGCGGGUUGGGCGCGCAUACCAAGACGGGGUCUGCGCUCAUGACGGCGGCCAUCUCAGGUGGUGCAGUUUUCCCUCCUAUCCAGUGGGGGGCCAAGAACCACAUUGGUCUGCAGAAGUCAUACUGCGUCCCAUUGGCGGCUGCGGUCUGUGGGAUACUAUUCCCACUGUAUCUAAACAUCUUCCCGGCAGCACGCCUACAAGUCGAUCCCAUACACGAGCGGCGAGUGAAUCGACGGGCACGAAGAGCGAUGCGCCAGGAGAGCGCGAGCUCGAUGCAAGAUGGCAGCGCGACACAGUUCGGACUCGCGGGGAUCAUUGCACGCCGGCGCAAGAACAAGCUCCACGAACAGCAGCAACAGCAAGCCUCGGUGGAACACAUCGAGAGACAGAGCAUGGCAACACCUACGUCUACCCUGCAGUCGAGCGAGGUGCUCAGUGAGAAAGGUGUGGUCGAAGAGCCUAAGCCGGUGCAAUUGAAGCAGGUCAAGGGUCACGUGGGCAACCUGGCCCUCUGGCAUGGAGAGCAGGCCUCUGCAGCAAGCAGCAGCAGUAGCAGUGGCGACGGUGGUAGUGGUAGUGGUAGUGGCGUCAAGCGUCCGGCCGGUGGGACGUCGAAAUCAGAAAAGGACGAUGACCUGGACAUGAUGAUCACGAGGCAUCGUCCUGUAUGGGAGCAGUCUCAUGAUGAGGACGACGACGACAUCGACGACUACCAUGCUAUGAUGAAAAAGAUGUGA